UUUUGACUGUAAACAUCCCGCAGAUUUUAAAGGACGAAAGCUGGCGCCAUCUUGCUUGUUGUAAUGAAUAAGCCAGUGGAGGGAAAAUACAAGUGACUUCAGUUUUCGAGAAAAAGGGUGAAAUUGCCCCCCGUUGGCGAAGUCAACCCUGCCGCUGUAAAAACCACCGGGGGCAAUGUUUUACGCCCACUUCGUCCUCAGUAAACGUGGGCCGCUAGCCAAAAUUUGGCUGGCGGCUCACUGGGACAAGAAGCUGACCAAAGCCCACGUCUUUGAGUGUAACCUGGAAAGUAGUGUGGAGAGCAUCAUAUCGCCGAAGGUGAAGAUGGCUCUGCGUACCUCUGGUCACUUGCUGCUGGGCGUGGUCAGAAUCUACCACAGGAAAGCCAAAUAUCUCCUGGCUGAUUGUAACGAAGCUUUCAUCAAGAUCAAGAUGGCUUUUCGUCCAGGUGUGGUGGAUCUUCCAGAGGACAACAGGGAGGCUGCUUACAAUGCCAUCACCCUGCCCGAAGAGUUCCAUGAUUUUGAUCAACCACUGCCAGAUCUGGAUGACAUUGAUGUAGCUCAGCAGUUCACUCUCAAUCAGAGUCGUGUAGAGGAGAUCACCAUGAGAGAGGAAGUGGGGAACAUCACACUGCUGCAGGAGAAUGACUUUGGUGACUUUGGCAUGGAUGACCGGGAGAUGAUGCGUGAGGAGAGUGCUUUUGAGGUGGAUAUCACUGCCGCCAACUCAAACCUGCUCCUGGAGUCUGAGCCUGGGACAACCGCCCUACCUGAGAAGUCCCAGCUGGACUAUGAUGACUUUGGAGACAACAACUUGGACAACAGUGAUGGAGGAAUCUUAAUGGACAAGCUUCUCAGUAAUGAGGAUGGUGGAGGUAUUUUUGAUGAGCCACCCACAGUCACAGAUCCGGUUCCAUUGCCUCAGGGUCCUGCAGAUGAUGAGGAUGACUUUGACAACUUCUCCCCCGCUGGUGGUCCCGACAGCCCAGACUCUGGGCCAGCAGAGCCCCUGCCCACCAUGGCUGACCACACAGAGCAGACCACUCUGGUUCACAACGAGGAGGAGGCCUUUGCUCUGGAGCCCAUCGACAUCACUGUCAAGGAGACCAAGGCCAAGAGGAAGAGGAAGCUGAUCGUUGACAGCCUGAAGGAGCUGGACAGCAAGACCAUCCGCGCCCAGCUGAGCGACUACUCGGACAUCGUCACCACGCUGGACCUGGCGCCGCCCACCAAAAAGCUCAUGAUGUGGAAGGAGACAGGAGGAGUGGAGAAGCUCUUCUCUCUCCCCGCUCAGCCCCUCUGGAACGGCAAGCUGCUCAAGAUGUUCACGCGCUGCCUGACCCCGCUGGUGCCGGAUGAGCUGAGGAAGAGGAGGAAGGGUGGCGAGGCCGACAACCUGGACGAGUUCCUCAAGGAGCUGGAGAACCCAGAGGUGCCCCGCGUAGACGACCUCAUGUCCCACACUGGCACAGUCAUCGACCAGACCAUCAUGGAGGAGCCCAGUAUGCUGCAGACCUCCUCCAUCGAGGGCAGCAGGACCACCCUGGACGAGACCCUCAUGCCCCCACCCUCCAGGCAGCGCGGUCUUAAGCGCAAGUCAAACGACCUGGAGACGUCCCUGCCUAUGGGCCCUGUGGACCUGCCCCCAGACCAGUCGGUGCUGUCGGUGAGCCAGAGCACCCUGCCCGAGGUGCCCCUGCCGCUGGAGCAGACCGCGGAGAGCAUGCUGGUGCGGGAGCUCAACCUGGAGGAGGAGGAGAAGAACAAGGAGAAGAAGGACGACGACAGCGAGGAGGAGGAGGAGGAAGAAAGCCAGAGCGGAGACCAGGAUCAGGAGGAGAGACGCUGGAACAAGAGGACCCAGCAGAUGCUGCAUGGUCUGCAGAGGGUCAUGGCCAAGACUGGACAGACCUCCAUCAGUCUCCUAGACCUGUGCAAGAACAACAACAAGAAGCAGGCUGCCGCCAAGUUCUACAGUUUCCUGGUGCUGAAGAAGCAGCAAGCCGUGGAUCUGACUCAGGCCGAACCAUUCAGCGACAUCAUCGCCACGCCUGGGGCCAGAUUCCAUAUUGUAUAGACAGAUUCUUUUUUUUUUUUUUAACUCUUUUUUUACGUAUAUUAUUGUUAUUAUGCUCAUGUGUGGAUGGGGGUGGGAGUUGGGGGUUUGGGAUGUUUUUACCGUCAAAAGAUCAUCAUGCCGUUGUUUUUAUUGUAAAGCCAGGAGCAAGUGUGUGACGGCAACAAUGCAUGUUUGAAAUCAGGCUACUGUGGUCCAAACCUGUCUACCACUGGGACUAGACGAUAGUGUUUUGUAAUUCAUUUGCUAACCAGCUAAAAUUGGUACAGUUACUUACUAUAGUCAACCAUGCUAAAGUUGUUUACUUUUUUAUCUUUGUUGGAGGGAUGGGGUGGGAUGGGCUGGGCUGGGGUGUUAUGUUGUUCCGCCUCUUAAAUCUCUAAGCACUAGGACCAUUUCCUGUUUUGUCAUUAAAUGUACAGCAAAAAAAUGUCAUGGAGUCCAAUAAAAUAGUUUUAAGAAUUUGUACUCAAGACACAAAAAUUUCUGACUACUGCAAAGCUCAAGAUGCUUAGAUGUUGACUGAUUUCGCCUUUCUACAUUGGAAGAGGAUACCGGAUUCAAUUUGGCGAGAUUUGUCUGAAAGAGUUGGAAUGUGGAUUUCCAGAUCUGACAUUUGUUUCUUUCUACUGUCUGCCUAUUUUGUUUUGUCCUAGUUUUGUCCUAUAACGUUUGGAAACCUACUGUUAAAACACAAAUCUUUGUAUUAUUUCAUAGGUCUUCUUUCAUGAAUGCUAAAAUUAUUUUAUGAGAGAAGUUUAUUUUCUCGAUGAAUAUUUGUAAAAAAAUGGCUGAACUUGUUGUUUGUAGUCUUUCACAAUAAAACGUAGUUUAAAUGUAA